AUGACAGCUUCGGGAGCUGGUAUACAGCCUGGUGGCGCUGAGUUGGGAGCUCUGUUUGGCUUUGGAGGUUAUGGAGCUCAUGUCUUUGACCCGGCUAGAGACUUGAAAUGGAGGCCUCCAGGACGGGAAAAAGUCAAGAAAGAAGAGCACUGGAUGUUUCCGAAAAUGGCGAAAAGGAAGAAUGUGUUCGAACAUAUCUCGGAUGUACCUAAACCUUCCGUCAAUCCUGUGGACGAGAGCAAGAAAUCUUUUGAAAGUCUGCUUGGGAGCAAGCAGCAUAUGAAGGUGAUCGAGCAGGACGGUCUACACAGCAUCCUCGAGUUCUUGCAAAGCAGCAAGGAUGAGCCCAAGGCCCAUAACAUAAAACGACUGAGCAAAUGGCUGGUGUCUAAGUCGUUAAAGAACGUUACAAUCCGUCCCUUGACAGAAGUCGUCCUGGAAAAAAUACGGCUCGGCACUAUGGACGAGAAAGAGCUGCCCGAUGUUCUGGCCGCUAUCCUCAUGUCAGGCUCUCAUGAGUCUCCUGCUCUACGAGUCUUGGAUGCAUUAUCGAGGGAAGCACUCCAAGCGACAUGUGCGAGGACCACACAGAUCUUGUUCAAGUAUACCUUCGCGGGUCUUGUGAGAGUCAAACAAUUGCCUGAGCAAAUUGAGAUGUGGCUAUGUGAUCUUCGAAAGUGUCGGCAUCUCCAGGUCUACCAUUCUGAAGACCCCAUCUGGGAAAGUGUUUACGAGGUUCUCGCCUCAAGGACGUCUAGCCCUGCAGCAGCGGCUUCUCAUCUAUAUCAUCUGAAAAGACUAGAAUUGUGCCUGGUCCUUCUCAGAUUCUGGGCCCCAUACUUUGCGUCAACUGCACAGGAGCGAACAAUGCAGUUCACGACACUCGGAAGCCAAAAACGUCUUACUUUCGUGCGGCCCAAGACCGCUUCAAGCGAUCUAAUCGCUGCAUUCAACGAACGUCGGCCAACUACUCGGCGAGGACGACUUUCGUCAAAGAGUCCAUUCGUCUCCAUGCUCAGUGUUCUGCAAGAUCAUGGCAUUCCCCAUGCGGAAUUUGCGCACAAUCUGUUCACUAUCCUUACCGCAAAAGCAGAGCGUGGUAAUCAUGGAGCCCUCGUCGUGUAUCUUACCUUUCGGAAGCUUCAGCAACAUCCGACACUCGGCGUACCUGCUGGCCUGGCUAACAGACUUAUCAGACACUUCUUGAAGUGUGAUAGCGCACGAUCAACGGCUUUUGCCCACAAAAUCUUCCUCCAGAUCCCUUCGCUGCCUCUGAGUACAUGCUACUCUUUGCCUCUGCAACUAGCUCGCAGGUGCAACAUUCCGUCAUCUACGAUAUGGGACAUUCUCGGUCGGCAGACUGCAGACGAUGUCGUCUGGAAGCGGGAAGACAGAAUUUGCAAUGAGAAAAAUCGACUUUCUCAACCGCACAUCGAUCUGGUCCAUUUGGUUGCCCAUGAGUAUGCAAAGUCGUCCCACCUGCGGCCAAGAGUGGCCUUCAGAAGAGUUUGGGAGUGUUAUCGUUUCCUCCAAGAUCGCGGUGCACCACUCGCUCCUCUUCUCACCCGAGCCAUGGUAAUUUCCGGAGUGCUAAGGCCGUUGAAAGGCUUCAAGCGACCUUCCACAACACAGUUUCAGUAUAUUCUCUCACUAGUGAGACGAAUUGAAGGCGAGGAGGUGGCGAUGAAGCUGGACCGAGCGGUUUGGACGUUGUGGCAAAGCAGAACGCUACCGAGGAUUCGUCUUCGGAGACAACUUCGAGCUGACAUACAUUCUGCGCUGCCAUCCAUCGAUGCACAUGAUCAGAAAGCGUCUGCCAUGUAUCGCCUCAAGCGAUGGAGUAUGGCACGUCGAGAGAGGUACUGGACCCUCCGAAGCUCGAAAUCCGAAGAUGCAUGUGGGCAGGACCAAGUUCAAUUUACUCCAGUUCAAAGCAUGGCUGAGCUUGCGUCGUCCACGGUCUCUGCGACGAUGCCAGCGAACCCUAAAACGCGCAUAUCACGUGCUCGUGAGUCCUUUAUAGGGGAGACAGAGGCCUUGACUGACGACUCCGGGCCGACUUCGGGUGCCGACUCAAUCCUUUUAGGUGACGGCACGAAUAGCUGGACAGUGAAGCAGUCAAUCAUGCCUCAGCAACAUGACCAGUCAAGUAGCUCCUCCGCAUCAAUAACGGUGGCUCGAAUUGGACUGGGUUAUACUACCGCCGACGUCUCUUCCUCAGAUGCAGCGCCUGUCCGCGCCGCAGAACGCUUCAACAGAGCGAUCAAGAAGAAAGUGAAAUCAGAUGAUCAUCCGCCUUGCGAUUGUGAUGCACAGACUAGCACGAUUGCUAAUUUCAAGCUUGUGGAGGGUCUUCCCCCAGUCAGCAGCGAGCCACAGGAACGCUCGUCGACAUCAUCUCAAGAUGCAAUCGAUGCACAUGCGCAUGCAGAGGCGACCUUAUUGGCCACCACUAGCGACGAGCCUACACUUUUCCGUAAAUUCCAUCGCACAUAUGAUGACAACGGCGCACGAGAACUAGUAGUCACGCAGCCAAUACGGCAGGGUGUCCCGCCUAACAACCGUCGACAUUCGGCCCUCAAGAACUCUGCAAUCCCAGUGGCUGCGCCUAUUCCACGAAAAGAGCUCAUCAGGAUGGCGAAGGCGGCUGACGGCGUUGUUGUGUCUCCCACCGGUAGAGUCUUCGUGCUCUGGAGGGAAGAUAAUGGCGCUGAAAGUCUCAUGCAUUACCAAUCCGCUCGAAAGAGAGCAUACGCGGAGAAGGCCCGUGCCGAGGCUCAAAAUCGAGACCUCUCUGAGCAUCAGCAACAGCUGCUGGUGCUGGUGGAUCGUGGGAGAGAGAAGAUGGAUCGUGUAAUGCAGAGCCAAGCUGAGGAGGCAAGGGCAAAUACAGGGAUGGCAUCGGGCGAGGGCGAGUUUGCCUGGAAUCAUUUCAAGCUGUGGUCUGCUGAGCGGGAGGCCAAAGAGAGUGAUAAGAAGAGGCCAUCGCGCGAGAGUGGAAGGAAGGCUCUGAUUAAACGACGGCCUCUUGUCAUGUCGUUGCCAUGUCGGUCCGAUGCCCCCUCACCUCCCAGUCCCGUUCGUCCACCACCAGAAUGCAAAUCUGCACCCACAAGCAGCGCCACCAUGGCCGACAUACAGCAAUGGCGGCGCAGAAUACAGCCGACCAGAUCUCGGACUCCAUACACCCCACACGAGCCAGAUGAGUCGGAUGACUACUUCUCGCCAACCACGCCAAAGCGCAAGCUGAAGCCGAAACUAUCGUCCUACUUUGGACACAAUCAGAAAUCGUCUUUGCAGGGGGCUUUUGGGCCUAUUGGCGCGGAACUGCCGUCAUGGCCUCUAGAGCAGCUGUAUCCGGACCCAAAGGCGGAGCAAAUGAUAGACUCUGUAAUGAGUCGUGUUAUGGCAGACCCCUACGCGCCACUCGAUGUCCAGCACAACAGCUCGCUCAUGGCCAUUUUUGAAGAAUACCUUAGCCUUAGAGACGAGAAAGUUCAGCUGCAGCGACAGCUAGAGGCUGAGCUCGACUCUGCCCAGGACCUCAUUGCGAAAUUCAACGCGGCCGAACAUGACUGGAUCGAAGAACGAAAUGAUUACAGAGAGGAAGUUAAGCGCCUCGAGGUCCUGCUUGCCAAAAACAGUAAACGUGGCGUCGCAGAGGUGACGCUCGCCAGACAGGAUAGCAAGCUUCGCACUCGUAGUUCGCGGGUGGGCAGCCAGAAAGAAACAGUAUUCGAAUUCCUCGAGAAGACGAAAUGCUUCGAAGAUGCCGCGUGGAGCGGUCAGAGAGCUGACGCCAAAAUAGCUAUGAUGAAGGCACCGAUCUUGCAAUCGCCAUCGGACAAGGACAAGCGGAUGUCGUUGCGCUUGGCUCCAAAGAAAUCAACGACCAAUAUCCACGCGGAUCUUCCCUUCGGAACACCACCAGUUGAUACCAGAUUUUCGCUAACAAAUGCGUCUGAGUUAGAGAAACAAGCUAGACGACAGGGACGGAAGCGAGCAGUGACCUCUUCCACCAUAUCGACCUCGGAUGACACAUUUUCAACAUUCAGCUGCGAGGGAGUUUCGCUUCCCGAUGAGACAAUCACGUUUGGCCCGCCGCGGUCAGCAAACGCAGACGACUUCUCUUCCAUUGAGCAAAUUGCCUACGCUGUGGCAAGACGUCGCAAUGUUGACCCAUCCAAUGUGCUACCACAACUAUUGGACAUGUUCGACGCGAAUGGAGAAGCUGGCAGAAGAAACGCGAGUAUGCCCGUCAAUUUCGAUUUAGCAUCACCAAAGCCUGCAGGCUCCGCAAAGUGGCCGGAAAGAAGCAGUUCAAAGCAGAAGACGGUCAUGUCGAAAGCAUCCGGAUUUUUCCAUCGAUUGAAGCCGCAGUUGACGGUGGAUACGUUGGCAGCAUCGUUUCCAGCGCCGACAAGGCGCUUCUCGUUCGAGCCAGGCGAUGAUUCGAGAGCUGUCCAAGAUGACACUGAUGCUUCGAGACGACAGCACGACCUUCCCCAAGCUGUGAAAGACAGAAUCCUCAAGAAGAGUGUCUCCCUUGCUGCACUAAAUGAACAAGCCGCAAAGACAGCAGCUCUAGAUCGCUCUGUUUCGCCCACCAUGCAGCAACCUCUUUCUCCAGUCGCUCAGAGCCCGCCAGCUUCAGCUCCUGGCUCAGCUUCACUUCCUCCCACAGAUGGACGGCCUCCAUCGAGGAUUCCGACUCCUGUCUUCAAUUCGAAGGCUAGACCAAGGCAGGAAAGGGAAGACUCGGCCUCUAGUCUGCUCACUGCUAUCAAAGUGGCCGACGGCUCCAAUCGAAGCAACUCGAUCACCAGCUCGACCUGUAACUCGCCACCAGGAAGCAUAGCUGACCCCGCAAGAGCGUCUUAUCCUGCUUCUGCUGGAGGAUUUCCGCCUGCAGUGUGGAGAACAAGCAGCAGCAAGAAUCUCCUCGAGCACACGAACAUCUUGCGCACGGGCUCCAGAAACGCGACGCCAGCGAGAAGCGCUAGCGCUGCCAACGAAGUGAGCUUCGAGUCCAAGGUUCAUGGUCAACAGACGUCCGUUCGCAACCAGCCCGGAUGCAGCCAGCUUUCCGAAAUACUUUUAGCCUCUAAGCAGGCUGGCGAAGUGCAUCUGUACGCGCCUGCCUGCCGUCGUCGCUGGCAUGACCUUCCUGCUGAGAGAUGUCAGUCCACGCUCUCGACUACGAAAGGUGCUCCCGUGAUGGUCCUCGCGAACGUGCGCUUCGUGAUGGGAUCAUCAUUGGUUGAAAGCGUUGGCAGCAGUCUUUGCCACUCGGCUGCCGAACGAAAGGCAGCAGUCGGUCUACCUCCCCUAUGUAUACGACAACACGGGCCGGGAUGCCCAGCGUUGUCACACUGUUCGCAGGCUAAUCGUGACACACCUCACAGCCAAGACGUACAUGAAGCGUUGCAAGAGGUUCCAACGAGUCAUGUAGUCUCCAAUGGCGGAAAUUCAUUGAUCGGUUCCUCUCACAACAGUGCCGAUGCCGACGGUGUGCGUGAGCGAGCUGUGCUGGCAGCACGGCAGCCAUCAGUCUUUAUUGACAUGGGUGUUGUAGGUAUGGGUAGGGAUCAUACUUUCCAAGCGCGUUUCAAGUGCUUUGAUACAGGCACUGACAACGGUACCUGGAGAGUAACAUCAACUGCUUCGCAAGCUCACUAUUCUUGCACUGGUAGUUUUGCUCAACGUCUUGCAGAUGGAUUCGAUCGUCAUUCUCUCGCCGUAGGCAUGAAGGAAUUGUUCCAAACCGUCGGUUCCAGCUCCGGUUGGGACAGGGUGUUUGCACGCCAACUCAACCGCCGGAACGCCAACUCCGGGCUCGAACGGCCCGUGGGCAGUGAUGACGCCCACGGUGUGGCUGGCGCGAGUCUCAUGGAUAUUGUGGGACAAGCUAUGGUCAGGCAGAGUGUUCAUCGACUCCCGGUCAGAAGACUCACUGCAAGACCACGUCAGCUUGGGGUGAGGAGCAGUGCCCAGAACCAAACAGGACGGAAACGGAACAAGCCGCCGCGGCACAUUGUGGCUCAAGGUAGUGCGCGGGCGUGCGGUGGUGAUCAUUAUCACGAGAUACAGCGUAUGAACGCAUCGGACAGCGCUAUUCAGUAUCUACUAUCACUCCGAAUCUCCGAUGCGUACAGAUUGGAGGAGUAG